AUGACCUCAACAGCGCUGGCCACACCCGUCUCCACUGCCGCUCGUACCUCGCUUUCUGUAAGCCUGCCUGCAUGGGCGAACAACACGCCCUCUGCCGGCCCGGUGUCUGUCAGCAUCGAGCACGAUGGGUCGAACAUCACAAUCACAGGGAGGCGGGAAGCGGGCCUCGACGUGUUCCUGGGCAUCCCGUAUGCCGAACCGCCCACUGGACCCCUCCGCUUUGCUCGCCCCCAGGCAAAGCGGUAUAACAGCAGUGUGCUCGCGACCGCCGCCGGUCCAGCAUGCAUGCAGCCCACCGAAGGCGUGAGCCUCAGUACAUCUGAGGACUGCCUCACCCUCAACAUCAUGGCGCCCGCCGGCGUCAGGUCCCGCCUGCCAGUCAUAGUGUGGAUCCACGGCGGCGGCUUCGUGCGUGGCUCGGGCGCCGAGGCCCUUUCCCCCUCCUUCGUAUCAUACGGCGCACGCACCGCGCGCCCCUUCAUCUUCGUGACGCUCAACUACCGUCUCGGCGCCUUCGGGUUCGCGCACGACAACGCAGGCCUAAGGGACCAGAAGCUGGCGCUGCAAUGGGUGCGCGCGCACAUCCAUGCGUUGGGGGGCGACCCCGCCAAAGUCGUGGCGUGGGGCCACAGCGCCGGCGCAGCAUCCAUCGGGCUGCUCAUGCUCAGCAGGCAAAAGCUGUUCCGCGGCGCGAUCCUGCAGUCCGGCGCGCCAGGGCUGGUGCCUGUGCGUCCGCGACACAUGGUGCGGCGGACGGUACGCCGGCUGGCGCGGCUGGCGGGGUGCAAGCGAGAUGAGAUCGCGUGUCUCCGUAACCUCACCGCUGACGGGGUACUGGACGCAGCGGCGCGCCUGAAGGCGCUGCCGGAGUAUGCGCGGUUAGCGGAGUGGGCGCCGGCGCGCGACGAGAUAGUCCCUGCCUCUCCGCUUGCGGCGCUGCGUCGUGUCAAGAUCCCAUUCAUCUGCGGCACGACACGAGACGAGGGCACGUUCAUGCUGCGCAGCGCGAUGAUCGCGGCCUCCGGCUCCAGCCACGCGUCUGCUGACCAUGCUUCGAUGAACGGGGCGAAUGCCUCGCUUCUCUCUGCGGCCGAAUACCUCGCCGCAGCGUGGGCGCUGCCCCGGGACGUGAUAAGCGAGGUUCUCGCGGCGUAUCCCGACGACCCUGCCCUCGGGGCGCCGUUUGGGACUGGGAACGAGACCUUCGGCCUCCCGACACAGUACAAGCAGGUCGCGGCGAUCAUCACAGAUGGGCAGUGGACGAGCCGGCGGCGCGCGCUGCUUGGUGCUAACCGCAAGGCGUGGGGCUACGUCUUUGCGGCUGGCCCGCCCGCGAGCGCAUCACAUCCUGCAUACCUCGGCGCGUCGCAUACCGACGACAUGCCAUACCUCUUCGGAGGGGUGAACGCCACGGUGUAUGGCCCGGAGGAUCUGGACUUGGCGCAGAAGAUGUUGAACUACUGGACGAACUUUGCGUACCACCUCGACCCGAAUGGCGCCGACAAACGGGGCGAGGGCAAUGCCGCGCUCUCGACCUUCUGGGAGACUUAUGACGAGGGGCGUAUUAUGAACCUAAGCGCGGGCGGGACGUGGAUGGAACCGGACGAUGCGCGCUGGGACCAGGUCCAGGUGUUCCGCCGGCCGGCCGUGGCCAAGGCAAUCUUCAACAUGCUUCUCACUUUCUCUCUUCUUGCUGCCCUCGCCAGCCUCGCCGCCGCCGCGCCGCUCGACCUUGAGACGCGCCAGUCGCCCCCGGCAUACCGCUACAUCCACCCGAUCGACGCGCCCGAGCUGUGCAUCACGGCCGUCGCGGACGAGACCGGCGCUUACGAGGGUACUCAACUUACUGUCCGCCGCUGCGUCGCCUCAGCCGACCAGCGCUUCCGCGUCAACUGGCCCAACACCAAGGUCACGUUCCUCGCCGAGCCGACGCUCUGCAUCGACAGCAGCGGCACGCCAGGCAAGCCGGGCAAGAAGCCCAAGCUCAAGGACGGGCGCGCCGCACGCCUCCUCCCCUGCCCAAACGUCGGCAACAUCACCGCUCCCACCAACGGGUACUGGGACCGCAGCGACUACGUGCAUCUGCGCCUGUGGGGGACCGAUGUGUGUCUCGACGGCACCGACGGACUCGUGCACCAGAGCGAGUGCGGCGGCGAGGACCAGGAGUGGGCCUUCGACGUCGUCGGCACCGCGUAGGCGAAGUAUGCUAGCCGCACAGGCCACACUCUCUAGAUAGGAC